CUGAGAGGAAACUUUCACUCUCUCUCUCUCUCUCUCUCUCGCUCUCGCUCUCUCCCGUGCGGACCGUUGUGUAUAUUAAUAUAGAUUCACGUGUAUUUGUCAACCAGGUUUGUAAUUGUAGGUCAAUCUUUACCAUCACUAGGCACGAGAAAUAAUUCUUAAAAAAAAUAAAAUAAAAUAAAAUAAAAUAAAAGCAAGUGUGCGUCAAGGCGGAGGAUUGUUUGUGUUUCUGUGAUCCCAUUGAUAUAUAGUUUGGAUAGGUUUUCCCAAUUUUAAGUCUCUCAGGUUUCUUUCUUUUUGCUUCUUCUGUGUGUGGUCCUCUUCUUUUCUCUAUAGGAUGGAACUUGCUUUAAGUCUAGGUGAUACAUCCAAGCCCUUCAAGUUUCUUGGCCAGACUACUAAGAUAUCAACUAAAGAUCUAGGGUUUUGCAUGGGGUUAGGAACUGGAUUUACUGCAACUCCAAGAUCCCAAGAUAAAGUUGUUGAUGCUACCCUUCAAGGUGAAGCUGCUCCUGCUGCUGCUGGCUCAAGAAUCUCAUCAGAUCCUCCUGUUCAGCUUGAUCUUUUACCUUUCUCUCCCGUUCCCCGUAGACAAACCCCUUCUCAGAUUCCCUUUCCAUGGCUCUCGGAUAACUUGGUGUCUGAACCGGGUUCCACAGAUGGAUCAGGCAGGGGUUUUGAUGUGAACCGACUAUCAGCGGAGGAGGCAGAAGAAGGGGCGGCGCUGUCGUCGCCUAACAGUGCUAUCUCGUCGUUUCAGAUGGAUUUUGGGAUUAGGAGCAGUGGAGGUGGUAGAUGCAAUAAAAGAGAUAUGGAGACUAUUGAAGCCGAGAGAGCGAGUUCAAGAGCAAGUGAUGAUGAAGAAAACGGAUUAACUCGGAAGAAACUCAGACUCUCUAAGGAGCAAUCAGCUUUCCUGGAAGAAAGCUUCAAAGAACACAAUACCCUCAAUCCUAAACAAAAGCUUGCUUUAGCAAAGCAAUUGAAUCUUCGUCCUCGCCAAGUGGAAGUGUGGUUUCAGAACAGAAGAGCAAGGACAAAGUUGAAGCAGACGGAGGUGGAUUGUGAGUAUUUAAAGAGAUGCUGCGAGACACUGACAGAAGAGAACAGGAGGCUGCAAAAGGAAUUGCAAGAAUUAAGAGCUUUGAAAACUUCCCAAUCUUUCUACAUGCAACUUCCUGCCACCACUCUCACCAUGUGCCCUUCUUGUGAGCGCGUGGCUACCACUACUACUUUUUCCUCUGGCACAACCACCCCCGCCACUAACACCACCAACAACAUCAAUAACCCAGUUGCCAACACGGCCGCCGCCGCUACCAUCUCUUCGUCUACCACAACUAGCAACACAAAUUCUACAUCAUUGUCACUGGCUAAGCCUUUGUUAUACCCUUUCACUGCUAAGGUCCACAUGCACCAGGCUCAAGCUCACCAAGCUGCUUCCUGACUCAUGACCGAGGUGUAAUUAGAGACUAAAAAAGAAAAAAAAAGAUGGUAAAAAAAAAAAAAACAUUUCAUCCAUUUGUAAAUAUUUGGGCUUGAAGGAAUUUCUUUGUCACUAUUAUUAAUUAAUUUGGGGUAGGGAGAAUUUGAAGAGUGGUUGAUGUGUUCUGUUGACUGAUGAUGAGGGAUUAUAGAAGAGAUUUUGUUAGAAAAUCUCAAUUUUGUUGAACUAUUUAAUGUAAUUAAUUGAUUUUUAUAUAUGUUGAAUAUAGUUUGGAGGUUAAUUUAUUUAAUCCACUUCAUUGAUUUAAGUA